AACCCUCAGUUUCUUUCUCUUAACCAAAUUUCAAGAAAAAUAAACAAAAAUGGCAUCAGCCAUUUCUGUUCUAUCACUUAAAUCCCUUCAAAGUUCAGAUCUUUUCAAACAACCCAAUUCAAAGUUUCUUAGUGGGUCUCAAUUAGAAUCUUUUUCUAUAAAUUUAAAACCAAUUAGUAAAUGUAAAGCUAGGAUUUUUCCCAGUUUGGUGGUGUCUGCUUCUGCCGGAACCACCGGAAGCAGCGGCGGCGGAGGCAGUGGUGGUACAUUUUAUGUGAAUUUUACUGGCUUCCCUUUUCCUCUUGGCCCUUUUCUUAACAGGCCCACUACUAGGACUGAGGUUGUAAAGGACACAAUAUGGAUGUUUGAGCAAGAACAGGCAUUGGGAUUUAGUAGUGUUUCAACAAACACAAGAAUGACUGUCAUCAAACUUAAAUCAGGUGGAUUAUGGGUGCAUGCACCAAUUGCCCCAACCAAAGAAUGCAUUCAGCUUGUUAAGGAAUUAGGAGCUCCAGUAGAGUACAUUGUCCUGCCUACAUUUGCUUAUGAGCAUAAAAUAUUUGUUGGUCCAUUUUCCAGAAAGUUCCCACAAGCUCAAAUAUGGGUGGCACCAAGACAAUGGAGCUGGCCUUUGAAUUUACCACUUGAAUUUUUUGGUAUUUUUCGUGCCAAAACGUUAGAACAUGAGGACCUUUUGACCCCAUGGGCAGCAGAGAUUGAACAAAAAGUUCUGAGCUCUCCUGAAGUUGGAAUUGGACCAUAUGUGGAGGUAGCUUUUUAUCACAAGAGUUCAAAAACGUUACUAGUGACAGAUGCUGUAAUAUAUGUCCCAAAGCAGCCUCCUGAGUGUAUAAGCAAUGAUUCGUUGUUGGCAUCGGCUAAAAACGGGUUGGCUGUAAAACUUCUCAGUAAAGGGAAGGAAGUCCCUCAAGAACCAGUCAUUGAUAACACUAUAAACAGGCAAAAAGGGUGGGAAAGAAUGGUUCUUCAAAUCUUGUUUCUUGGUCCGUCAAAUCUGUUGGAACCUAAAGCUAGUUUCUCUCAAAUGUCGCAGAAGUUGAUUGUUUCCCCCAUUGUUAAAACAUUAGUCUUCAGCAAAGUUCCAGAAAAGGUGAGGGAUUGGACCGACAGCAUUGCCAGAGACUGGAGGUUCAAGAGAAUCAUUCCAGCACACUUUGCUGCUCCUAUAAAUGCCAACAAGUCAGAUUUUCUAGCAGCUUUUGGAUUUCUUGAUGAUCUAUUAGGUGAUCGUUAUGUUACAGGCCCUUCACUUCAACUUUUCUUCACAUCUAUUAUGGGAAAGGCUGCAAGUUACUUCCCACCAGAUGAUAUGAAAACAUUAUCGUCACUUGAUCAGUUUCUAGUCUCAGUUGGAGCGGUAAAGAAGACUGUAUCAGGUCGCAAACGAUGAUAAAAUGGAGCAAUAAAAAAAGCGAAUCAUAAAGGAAGAUACUGGAAUGAAUAGUGUAGUUACUACUCAUAUAAUAUAGUUUUACACAAACUCUUUUUGUCCUUUUUCCCCCUUUUUGUUUCAAGAAAGUAGCAUCUUGCUAUUGCACAUAUGUUAGAAUAGUGUAUUGAUUGGGAAAAUAUAUAAGAAAGUAUAGGAACCAUCGUCUUGAUCCAGGAUAUGCCCUUUAAAAGUCACACUGUAAGGAUCUAUCAUGUGUUAAUAUCUUUUCAUGUGUUGAUAUC